CCCGGUCGGGGCUCCGGCGCCGGGGAGGGCGGCUGGGCAAGGCGGCCGGGAGACGCGCCCGACAGCUGGCGGCGGCGGCGGCGGCGGCGGCGGCGGUGCGGACCCCCGGGGGGCCUUGGCCGGACCCCCCCCACCCGCCAUUCCGCUGGCCCUGCGCUUCCCGCAACAUGUGCCCGCGCGUCACCCCCGGGCCCGCCGCGACGUCCACGCGAGAAUCCAGACUUGGAGCAGUGCCUCGCACUCUCUGAAUCAUGAGGAAGAGUACGCUUCAGGCAGGAUACUAAUUGGUGUUGUGAGCCGGGAGAGACAGAUUGCUGUCACUUCAUCUUGAAAGCAAGCGGCUUUCCAUUCUUCUCUAAAGGAUACUAUUUCAAGGAUUACCGAGCGGCUGAGCUGAGGUUUUUUUUCACCAAGUUGUACCAUGGGGUGUAUCAAAUCCAAAGGCACGUUCGCGGCCUCGAACACCAUUUUGGCCGAUGGAAGCAAGGCCAUUAGCGCAUACAACGGGGGCUACGGUGGAGAUGCCUCGUCCCUCAUCCAAGGAAAGCCUGGGGUGACUUCCUCCACCAGCACCGUCAUCCUGGACUUUGCUCACCGCCUCUCCCAAGAGAUUCUGGAUCAGGCCGUGAAGCAGUGGGCGGUGACGGAAAGCAAGUACAGCGACAUCCCUUUCAUUGAAAGCGACGUGCCGUGAAGGGCAAGGACUGGGCUGUUCGUGACAUCCAACGGCCGUCUCGUGUUCCGGUGCUAGCGCAAAUAAAGCCACGUUCGCACAACAGAUAUGUCUUAAAGGCGCCCAUUUUGCCGAUGCAGCUCGCCUUGGCUGAGGCAAUGUAGUCCCUUUUCCGAGAGCCAUAGUAGUAUCUUCUGGUUCUAGGGAUGGCUUGUACUCCGUGCACUGACAAAUCCUGCUGGGUACCAACAAUCGCACUAAAGGUGCGCAGGGAUGUAGGGGCUCAUGUUCUGUUGCGUAGAGUUGAGCACAUUCACCGGGACCACACGUGUCAGCAUUAGGGCCAAGGCUGUAUAAUUUAGAGUGGGUUAGGAUCUGGGCUUCUGCCGGAUGUGUGAAUUGUUAAUUUGCUUAAUGGAAACAAAGCGCAUCAUGGAAUCUGGUUAAACUAAGCGCCAAAGUUCCAUUUAGCUCUUGUCGAAGAAAGGAGCUAUUGAAAGAAAUGGGACAGUCUCUUAACUUCAGGGUGGACCACCGCAAUGCGUUAUAAUCUCGCUGCCACGAGGGCUUUCUUUCCUGAACAUAUCACCCCGUGGCCAGUUGUUUACAGCUUCGUUCAGCUGAGCACACACAUACCAAAGACUUGCCAAGAAAAUAGGGGGAAACAGCGAAACUAUUCAAACGGCAGUGAAGGUUUGGGAGCGUUAGCGGCAAUGUAGGGUCAUAUGUGAGCUCAACGGUCCCCGAAAUAGACCAUUGUAUCUCUUUGAUCAGGGGUCUUAUUUGUGCUGCCAACUAGCGGAGCCGGUGGCCGGAAGCCAGAGAAAGUGGCAGAAAGAGAGGAUGAGCGGCCAAGUGUGAUUUGUUAGAGAAUGGUGAGAACCCACUGACCAAAACUGGAAAAGUUAGACUAGUGAUGGAUGGGUGAAAAAGUUGAAAAAUGGCAAACAGAUUGGUCUUUUAGAAGUGCUACGUUUGAGUCCGGUAGCAGCUCGCAGACAACAUCUUCGGGGAACAAAGGUUCCGAGAGUCCAAGUUCCCUUUGUGUCUGACAAAUGUAACUUUGUCUCUCAAUUGUUGUCAGCUGCCCCCAAAUCUUGUUGUUUUCUAAGCUGCUACCAGACUCAAAUCUAGAGAUAAUCUAGAGGACCAGCAAUGCUGUCCUCUGAAACGGGUUGGUUUGUCGCUCGACAGGGUUCCUUGAAGAAAUAUGGCUGCCAUAUUGGAACCUGUCAGAUGAGAGAGAGUGGAGGAAGCUUGAUCCCGGCUUGAUGACUUAAAUAGUUGGCCAAAAGGAAACCUAAACCAAGCAGUAGUUAUUCACCCAUCUUAUGGUACCCUCUCCAACCAGUGCUAGAUAUGAGUAUUCGGCACAGCGGGAAGGAUCACCAAAUAGCGCCGCAUCUUGUUCUAGUACCGUGGUGGCGAACCUUUGUCACUCCAGAUGUUAUGGACUACAAUUCCCAUCAGCCCCUGCCAGCAUGGCCAAUUGGCCAUGCUGGCAACGAUAAGAUUGUAGUCCACUGUAUCUGGAGUGACAAAGGUUACGCUCCCUACACCUGAAACAGGUAAAAGAGCAACCUGAAGAAGUGGAAAAAAUACAUCCUUCCCAUAGGGGCCAAAUCUCUUGCUUCUAACAGUGUGCAGCUACAGCUGGGUUUGAUAGGCACAGAGCGGAUUGGGAAGAGGCAGUGAAGCCACGGGAAACAUAGGCACAGCAGGGGCACAGUUUGACUUCUCUUGGGUCAGAACACCUGAGGAAGCUCUUAGCAUUUCUAAAUACACAUGUGUCUUUCCACACCAUUUAAUACCAUUGAUGUGACUGACUGAACGCCAGACGGGGCUCCCUAUUAGACAAUCAGAGCUGUAGUGGAUUCAGCAUUAUACAAAUAUACCACGGAAAGUCAACCUUUUGUGUGAGAUGCUGUAGUACAGAACUCAGCAAGAGUCACAUUUAACUUUUGAAAAACUUUUAAAGAGAAAGGAAAUAGGGCAACUGUGCUUUAAGCCACAGCACAGCUUUGUAAACAUGAUAUUUCAUCUACAAGGGAAGGGAGACGGACCCUCAACUACUACAGUGUAUUACAGUAUAUUUUUACAAUAUUUGUUACUUUUUCUUUCUACCCAGAUGAAAUUGUGAUUAACCACUUGGAAUCGUGUUUGAAUAAAAAGCAAUUUCCUACA